AUGUCACUAGGUGCCGCGCAGAGUAACCCGGAGAAUGAUACGCAAAUGCGAGUGUCGGAGGCAACAUUAAUGCAACCUCAGCGACAUCCUACUGCACUACUCGAGGCCCCAGACAUCUGGGAGGUAGCCAUAGGUGCUCCAGGAUCUCCCGAAGAGUCAUUAGAGCCCUUUUUUCAGAUCUCCCGUCUCUUUCGUACACAUCAUGCUGAGGGACAUCCACUCCCAACAGUAUCGACCUUGUUUGGACUUCUGGAGCUGAAUCUUCAGUUGACCGUCAAGAGGCAACAGACUUGGCUUAUGCCGAAGCUAUGGAAUCGAAUUCCUUAUCUGUGGUCCACCCAACGAUGUCAAAUGACGGCAAUUCUUCACGAUGCAUCUGUGCCACCGUCAGGUGGUCCACAGAUGCUGACGGCACCUAAGAUUGCAAUACUUGAACAGAUCGUGGGUGUAGAUGCCCUCAAUAUCCAAGCACUUGCACGGCUAUCGCGCCCAUCAUCCUUCUAUAUUCAGCGACUUAUAGUCCAAUUGGUUGACCGGAUUACUUCAACAUUGCUGGGCAGUUCAACAAAAAUCACGCACUCUACCUCUGACGGAGCGACUGUCCCAUUGAUCGGAAUGAUAUAUUCACCUGGCUUCAAUAUCCGCAGCAUUUGGGGUCCUCAAGCGGAAUCCAGUUUGGCUGAACUUACCAGGAAACAUGAUGAAGACUUAGCAAAUGGAAUUCAGGAUGUCCCACGUUCAGCAGCAAUCGAUCUGCUUCGCAUGCUCAUCAACGGAGGUCUCUCACUGCCAGCUGAGAAGGAUGAUGAUUUGCGGGUCUCACCCGAGCAUGUCUAUGGAUCAAAUCGUUUUUUGGCCAAUCGAACUGUUUUGGUCCUGCCUCUCAUCUCCGAUCCUGGGCGAGACAUUUACAAGGUGUCUAAACUGCAAUGGAAAAAGCUUUCUACCGGUGACUACUCCUGGUUAACUUCGGAUGGUCGCGUCUGA